GUUGGGGCUGGCUGGGUAGCGAGCCGCAGAUUGGAUGUGGCGUGCACCCCGCGGCCCUCUGGAAAGGACAGAGGGGGGCGCCAGACUGGAUGAAAACUGGAGAGCCAAGUCUUGGGAGUGAGAACCACAGACACCCCUGGCUUUGCUGGUGGAGAAGGAGUCUUGUCAAAACGACCCUAUUGCCUUCUCUUCCGCGUGCAUGAAGGAACUGGGUGAUUGGGCAUUCUUUUUCAGAGACACAUGAAAGCCGCCCUCCAACCAGCCAAGAAUUAGCUGAGCCCUGGCGUGAAUGUUUGUCCCCGUUGGUGAGAAUGGCAUCAAGGUCCAGUCUGCUAGCAAGACAAGGUUAAACCGGGACACAGCUGCACGGCGAUCCUGAUGUCUGUUCCCGGCCACACAGUCAAGGCUGUGAAAAGAGGCCCCAGUUGGUACCAUGGCUUCUGCCGAGCCCCUGACAGCGCUGUCCCGCUGGUACCUCUACGCCAUCCAUGGCUACUUCUGCGAGGUGAUGUUCACGGCCGCCUGGGAGUUCGUGGUGAAUUUUAACUGGAAGUUCCCGGGGGUCACGAGCGUGUGGGCCCUCUUCAUCUAUGGCACCUCCAUCCUGAUCGUGGAGCGCAUGUACCUGCGCCUGCGAGGCCGCUGUCCUCUCCUCGUGCGCUGCCUCAUCUACACUCUCUGGACCUACCUGUGGGAGUUCACCACCGGCUUCAUUCUACGCCAGUUCAAUGCCUGUCCCUGGGACUACUCCCAGUUCGACUUCGAUUUCAUGGGCCUCAUCACCCUGGAGUAUGCUGUGCCCUGGUUCUGCGGGGCCCUCAUCAUGGAGCAGUUCAUCAUCCGUAACACCCUCCGCCUGCGCUUUGACAAGGAUGCAGAGCCCGGGGAGCCUGCCAACCUGCCAGCCCUGGCCAAUGGCCACGUCAAGACCGACUGAGCAGGAAGAUUAAUGUGAGAACCUGAGGUCUCUCUUAGGAACCCAUGGACAGAGGGACCAAGCUGGAGGGGUUACCUCUUGGUCCAGCACAAGCCCUGCCCCCAACUGGGUCUUAGCCCAAUAGGGCAAACAUAACCACAUAUGGUGGGCGGUGGGAUGGUGUUGAGGAGUUGGGUGUCUAGACAACAGAAGGACUUUGGGACUCGUCCAUGGCUCUCAACCCAUCCUGGGGGCUGGGGCCUGGGCGGUGAACAAUUGGACAUCAAGGAUGACUUUGGAAGCAACAGGCCUGUCCUGGCUAAGGGAUGUGAACUCUGGGGCCACAGGUGGGAGGCAAGGUCUGAGGAGGCCUUGGCUGCUGUUGGGGCCACUGCUCCACCUGCCCCCUGGCUUCAGCUGGGCUUUGGCUGGUUCCAUUAGGCAAUAUUCAGGUGCUUGCUUGCAACCAAUACCUCCCCAGGGGCCUCCGAGCUGCAGCCUGAAAGAGACCCGGCAGCCCAUUGGCUGCUUGGUGGCACUGCUGUUGUGCAAAGGCUGGGAAAACUUCCUUUGGCUCCUCUCCCUCCCCCAGGGCCCCACGCUGCUCCCUUGGCCUUCUGGGGGGCCCCUGUGGUGCUGGAUUCCCACCAACCUUGGGCUUUUGGAGGUUUCAAUCCCCGUGUGUUGGGUGGCGUUUCCCCUCUCUCUUAUGUUCAAGACAUUUCCCACUGGCAGGCAGCCUUUCCCACUAUGUCCAUCACUGUACCCUCUCCUUCUCCCGGCUCCCUACAGAACACAGCAGCGGCUAGAGGCACGUCUCUGAAAUGGACCCCGCUUGCCUAACUGCAGCCUUCCCUCCACCUUCAUCUGGUGGCCUGUCUCCCUGGCUCAGGUGGUCUGGUGCCCCUCCCGGCAGAGGUCCCACUGAAAUCUCAUCCUGUUCCCCCGCAAUGUACAUCUAGGUUCAGAGGUUUGCCGUGCAUCCACAGUGCAGGGGGAAAACAGGCAGAGUUCUAGAUCCUGCUUGCCCAUUCUGGUUUAUUUCUAAGCCAGUUAGUCAGUAUGGCUCCCUGUGAGACAGAGGAACUGGGUGUCUGGUUGGAGACCCAUGGAGAACAAGACAGACGCAGAAGACCAUGAAAGGCUCUUUGGGAAAAGAUGAGUUCUACCGUAGCCUCAGCUCUGUAGCCAACCUUCAGGGCUGCUCCUUUGAUAGCUCCUCCUGGCCAGCCUGACCCUUUGAGCUUGUUCCUCAAACAGUAUUAACCCUGUCACGUUUGUGGGCAUUGUCAUCUUGAUCGUGCUAACUUUCUCCCAUGGUGGGUCCAUUGCUGGCAGUGGACAGGUGGAAUCCUUGAUCCAGGCUCCUUCUGAUUUUGUCCCCCACUCUUUGAAAGGACGGCACCAUCAAAGAGUGUACCGUCCUAUGCAGCCACCCUAGAGCUCUGAGGUAGAAAUCAGCCUUUUGUUUCUUUAGAUCAUUUAAAAAGUGACAGUAGCGUCUGUGCGGAGUCUCUGGACCAUGCAGACAGUACCAGGCCAGGGCCAGCAGCUGGGCUGCUUGGGCUGAGAGAAACACUUGGAGAUACAACCUUCUGUGGCACCUUUUUUCCCCAGAGUUUUCUCUGUCCAGGGUAGGAAGCAAAGUCCAGUCACCAAACACCAUUCCGUUGAGGGUGAGGACUUAUUGUAGCCCUAGUUCCAGGGCUUUAGGGGAGGGGGUAUCACAGGGAUUCAGGCUUCCAAUGUGAGUGGUUGCUUUCCAUCUACAAGUGGAGGGGACUCAUUGCCUCCAACGCCGUGCCAUCUCAGUUGCCUGAAUCCUAACGCCUCUCCAGAGCACCUCCCAUCUAUCUUCACAGCUGAAUCCAGGGGCUGGAUGAGGUGUCCCAGCAUUAAGACUCCAGUUCUCCACCAGAGAGAGCUGCUGGGUGGCUCCCAGGACUCAGAACUCCUGAUAUUGUCUUACAGGCAUUCCCUGGCACCAUUUUUUCCUCAGUGCCCUAUUAAUCCCAUGUCAGGAGGAGUUCCCAGAGUGAAUCUCCAUGCCUGGCAAAACUCAGCAUUGUGGUCUGCUUACCUAGGUCCUCUGUUGCUCCUAGGACCCUUCAUAGGCACAAAACCCCCAGCCAGGGGAGGCUACAACGUAAGGCUGGACCACAGACCUGCAGGCUCAGACCUCACUGAGCGUAGCCCAGACUCCAAUUCCUGCUUUAUCGGCUAUUUCAGGGCUCCAAAGCUUUAGUGCCCAUGGGCAUGAAGGUUGGGGCAAUCGAGCCCUUCUUGGGGAGUCUGCUAGCUGUUUAUGGAGCCUCUGAUGUUCUGAGCCCAAGGCAAGACAUCUCUGAGUUGCAGAUAGUAAGUAUACUGCCCUGCAUGGGUUGAGUUGCUUUGGGUGUCUGCUAGGCUUCCGUGCCCUGUCCCCUCCUCAUGCCAGAGAGUCACAAUGGCCUGUGCUUAUUUACAGCAAUAAUACAUAGGGAGCAUCUUUGAGUCCCUUUUGUCCUGGUCCCUCGCUCUUCGUGGUUCUCCCAGGAGGCUGCUCCACAGGUCAGAUCAUGUAAGGAUCUAUUUAUGAAGCUCUGGGCUGUGCAAAGUGUCACUGCAGGAGGCAGGUGAGAGUAAGGCCAGGGGGGUGCCUUCCACCUCGAGGCCACCUGUACCUGGAGGAGCGAUAGGCCCCAGCUUUGUCAGUGGUUAAGACUGUCUUCCAGCUGGACAGCUAUUUGAGAAAGGCACAUGACUGAUUUGUGAGCCCAUUGCCUGCUAUGUCUCUGUUCAUCUGUCUCCUCCUUUUCAUAACUGUGCACAUAAAAUAUACUGGUGUUUGUGUUCCUGGA